UUUGCAUUUUGCACAACUCAAGUGCGUGAAAAAGCAGCAAGAACAAAAGACGUAGAAAAUUUUGAGGGGCCUAGAAACUGAAGUAGAAAUAAUAAAUUUAUUUUUUGCUAUUGAAAAGACACUAAUAAAGCAAACGAAUUUAGUAGACAAAUUUAUUGUAUACAAAAACAAACGCCAAUGGUAUUUUGUUGAGCUAGAUGAAAAUUGCUGGAAUUUUGCGUUCGAACAAGCCAGGCAAAUCUGUGGAAGGCUAGGAAAAUCGUUCUAGCGAAGUAGAAGCUACCUUCUGCAAAUUGCGGUGUUUCCAACAAAGCUAACCUUUAUCAGUAUUUAUAAGGAGCAGAAUCUGUGCAACUACAAGUACUAGAAGUAAAAAUGUUUCAUAAUAAAUUUGUGACGGUGGCUUUAAUACUGAGCGUUUGCAGCGCUAUAAUUUGCGACAACAAAACCGCUUCCCGUCUAUACAACAUCCCCAAGGAUGCUAAGGUUGAAGACUCAAACUGCGCCAAUACCUCGCAAUCGAUCCACAUUACUUGGGGUCCAGUUGAUGCCGUACACUCCAUGGUCUUGCAAUUCGAUUUGGUUAACAAAUCUAGUGAAUUGAAGCAGAUCUACUUUACCUUGCCACUCACCAGCGAUCACUUCCCCGACGCCAAGGAUAACCAAACCAUUCAGUUGAUUCACACUGGCGAUGAUUUUAUCACACCCAUCAAGAUGUCAUACCACUGCACACGUGCACAAAAAUUCAAUUUGACUGAGGUAAUGCAGGAUACUAAGGUCAUUGGCACCAUCAAUUUGAGCAAUGUACAAACGGAGGCAUUCAUCACCGACAAGCGUGACACCUUCUCCAAUGCCAUGGAUUGUGAUGGACCUAAGACCAUGGAUAUUGUGCCUAUUGCCGUAGGCAUUGCAAUGGCUGCACUCAUAUUGAUUGUAUUGAUCUCGUACUUGUGUGCGCGCCGUCGUUCCACAUCGCGUGGUUAUAUGAGCUUCUAAGAGGGGAAUAUUCUGUUUAGUAGUGAAGUUUAGGCAGAGAAGCGCCGAGGAGGAAGCAAAACGAGGAGGCGUUAGUGGCAGUAUGCAUAUUCGUAGGCAUAGGUGGGCGCGUAAUUUUUCAGGGGGUUUGGAGAUUUAUAUGCGCAUUGGGAAAAUUUGUAAAAAUUUGUUUUACUUUGAAAAUUUUGUUUUCGGGAGAGAAUCAGUAAAAAAGAUUGAAAUGCCGAGUUUUGAUUUACUUUGUCACGGUGCAGGAGG